UCGUACGGGUAUUGCUGUAAACCCUAAACCCUGCCAAGCCGCCAUUGCGAAGACCAGGCUCUCUAUGGGGGAGGUGCCGCAGGUGGAGCGCUAGGAUCACGAAAUAUGCCGCUGGAGGCGCGGCAUUCGUCGUUGCGAGGUCACGGCGCGACGAUUGAUCCGGCAUUGCGAUUCUAGGUUUGUGCUCACUGGCGCUGCUGCUGGAAACCUCUUCCUCUGCGGUGCCCGGAGUUGCUGCUGCCUCAGCGGUAGCAGCGGCGGGGGAUUUCAAGGGUGCAUGCGUCACAAGGCACGAGAGCUUAAGCCGCGCCGUCAUGUGGAGAGCAGCCGGCGGGCGGCUCAAGCACAGGGGACUUAGAACAGGACGAGCAGACUUCUAUCGAUGGAACACCACAGCUGCCGGGCCAGAGAGCUUUCACGAGCUCACAGAUUUGAGCUUGCACAUCCACGCUAGCACAGCUUACAGUCAGCUACGCAGCAGCGAUAGAAGCCGUCCCUGCAGCUACUCGGCGGCGGCGGCUCCUCUCGAGCACAGCUUGACAACUUUGGACGCGGCACUGAGCAGUGUGAUCCAGCUCCCGCUCUUCAGCAAUCCACUGCUUCAAAUCCUCCCUCCCGACGGGGAGAGCUCGUCCAGGACGGUGUUUCGGAUCGACCAGAAAUGGCCUUUCCAGCUCAAGGCGGUCGCUACCGAGGCGUGUUUCGGAGAGGAGGAGGAGGUCUGUGUUCUUCCGGAACUGGAAGAGAUUCACGACAUCUCCCUCGAGAGGUCUUCCAAGUUUGAAGGUGGCAAGGCUCUCAAGGCGGCUAGAGCUAGAGCAAGGCGGCUUUUCAACAGGCAGCAGAAGCUCGAGCUGGAUGCUUGGGAUGCUGCGGUGAGGGAGUACAGGAAGAUUCUCGUGGAGAUGUGCCGGAAGAAGCUAGCGCCGAAUCUGCCGUUUGCAAAGUCUUUGAUGGUCAGCUGGUUUGAGCCGGUUCGCGACGAGAUUGCAAAGGAGCUCAAGGCCAUCGAGAAGGAGGAGCCUGGUGAAGACAGGAGUCACUAUGGACCACUUUUGAAAGGAGCUGGCCUCACUGCUGAUGUUCUUGCGGUGAUCACGAUGCACAGGCUCGUCGCGCUGAUGAUGCAAGACGUUGAUAGCGGAUGCAUUAGACUUGCAAACACUGCUGUUCUUAUUGGUGACGCAGUGGAACAAGAGAUCAAAAUCCGCAGGGCACUAAAGAAAAGAAAGCCGAAAGAACUUGCCGAGGAGGCGGAGCCUCCUACUCCAGAAGAAGAGAAGAAAGAGUACUUGAAGGACAAGCUGAGGAGAGCUAUCAUAGAAAGGCCCAGGAAUGUCAAGGAGAUAUUGAAGUCCUUGGAUCCAUCACAGCCCUGGCCGUCGUUUAUUCAAGCUAAAUUGGGAUGCCGCCUUAUCGACAUUAUGAUGUCAAAUUCACACAUCAAUGUUCCAGUAAGUGACUGUCCCGAAGAUGGCACCGAGAUUCGGCCUGCUUUUAGACAUGUACUCAAGGUACCAAAGGGAGGGCUUCUGCGUAGCUACGGAGCAAUAGUAUGCGAUCCUCAUUUGAGGGGUCGAAUCGAUGACUCGGCCAAAUUUAUAGUUAUGCCAUACAUGCCCAUGCUAAUUCCUCCUCGAGCUUGGAAAGGUUAUCACAAUGGAGCAUACCUGCACCUGCGGUCCGUUAUAAUGCGGACACACGGUUCUAAACAGCAAAGAGAAGCUGUGCGAAACACACCAAGAGCACAACUGCAGCAAGUUUUUCGGGCACUCGACACCUUGGGAGCGGCAUCCUGGAAAAUUAACAAGGAGGUUUUUGAAGUUAUAGAAAAGCUUUGGAGCGCGGGAGGUGGAAUAGGUGGCCUUGUGGACCGAAAAGAUGUGCCAUUGCCACCCAAGCCUAAUACCGAGGAUGAAGCUGAGAUGAGGAGCUGGAGGAAAGUUUUUUAUAAAGGUAAGCGCACAAACAGUGAGCGGAAUUCUCAACGGUGCGAUCUCGAGCUGAAGCUGGCGGUUGCUCGAUCACUGAAGGACGAAGAAUGUUUCUAUUAUCCACAUAAUUUGGACUUUCGUGGUCGUGCCUAUCCUAUGCAUGCGCAUUUGAACCAUUUGGGUUCUGAUGUGUGCCGCGGUAUGUUACUGUUUGCUAAGGGACGUCCUCUAGGACCGACAGGUCUACGUUGGCUCAAGAUACACAUUGCCAAUGUCUUCGCUAAUGGAGCUGAUAAGCUACCCUUCGAUGGAAGGGUGGCAUUUGCAGAGAGUAACUUGGAACACGUUGUAGCUUCUGCAAAUCAGCCUUUGAAAAAUCGUUGGUGGUUAAAAGCGGAAGAUCCAUUCCAGUGCUUAGCUGCGUGCAUCGACCUGAGAAAUGCGAUGCAUUCUCCAAACCCGGAGUACUACAUUUCUCAUCUUCCAGUUCAUCAGGAUGGAUCUUGCAACGGUCUCCAACACUAUGCAGCUCUUGGACGGGACAAAACUGGCGCCAGAGCAGUGAACUUAAUAGGCGCGGAUUAUCCUGCAGAUGUAUAUUCAGGCAUAGCCGCCCGUGUACGUACACUAGUUGAGGAGGACGCACGCAAAGAUCCAGCCGCAGUUUAUGCCAAAUUAUUAGUAGGACAUGUGGAUAGGAAACUAGUGAAACAGACAGUGAUGACUUCGGUUUACGGCGUGACAUACGUUGGAGCACGUAACCAAAUAACAAACAGACUUAGGGACAAGGGCUUCAUAUUAGAUGAGCCGACCUUGUACCGUACUGGUUGCUACGCUGCUAAGGUAACUCUGAACGCGCUUGGCGAAAUGUUUGGCGAGGCAAGGCUUAUUAUGAAUUGGCUAGGCCAGUGCGCAAAGGUAAUUGCCAACGACGGUGACUCCGUGAGGUGGAUCACUCCUUUGGGACUUCCUGUCGUGCAACCAUACCGCAGGCCCGGGAGACAUGUGGUGAAAACUUGUCUCCAAUGUCUUAUUCUAAGAACGGAUACGGAUCAACCGGUGUUGGCAGCGAGGCAGCGCAGCGCGUUCCCACCAAAUUUUGUGCAUUCCAUGGAUGGGUCGCAUAUGAUGAUGACCGCCGUGGCGUGCCAGGAGGCCGGGCUCACCUUCGCAGGAGUCCAUGACUCGUUUUGGACGCAUGCCGGAGACGUGGAGCGCAUGAACGUCAUACUGAGGGAGAAAUUCGUGGAGCUCUACGAGCAGCCAAUUCUAGAAAACUUGCUAGAGAGUUUCCAGAAACGUUGGCCCAAGCUUAAAUUUCCAGAUCUCCCCGUGCGUGGGGAUUUAGAUCUCAAGGAAGUUUUAUCGUCGCCGUAUUUUUUCAACUAAAAGCAAGCGAACGAUCUUCUGCUCGUAUAUUAUAUUA